AUGUCUGCUUCUUCAUCAUCUUCUCUCAAAAUUGAACACCUCCUUGGAUUGCUUACUAUUCGUCUUACUGAUGAUAAUUUUCUUAAGUGGAAUUAUCAAAUUGAGUCGGUUCUGGAAGGUUACGAUCUCUUUGGCCAUUUUGAUGGCUCUGCUCUUCCUCCGCCCAAAUUUGCGAUUGUUGAUGAAGAGGGAGUGACAUCAGAAGUCACUGCUGCUUAUAAGGAUUGGACGCAAGCAAUUGAGUAUGUUAUUGGCUGUAAGACUGCCAGGGAUGCUUGGCUUAGUCUCACUGAUCGUUAUGCGUCGGUUUCUCGUGCCAGAAUCAAUCAUUUGAAAACAGAAUUUCAGACUGUGCAAAAAGGUGGUGAUUCCGUUGAGCGAUUUCUUCUUCGUCUCAAACAUCUGCAUGAUCAGUUACAUGCUGCUGGUACUAAGAUUUCUGAUGAUGAUUUUAUCAUUGCUGCAUUAAAUGGUCUACCACCUGAAUACGACAUCAUCAAGACGAUCUUGAUUGCUCGUGAUACGCCAAUCUCGUUGAAAGAUUUUCGUGCUCAGUUACUGGCUGCUGAGCAAACUGCUGAGGCUCGACUUACCUCUCAUUCUGCUUUGUUUGUGCCUCAUACAUCUUCUGGCUAUGGGGUUCAGGGAGCUCACAGUGGUUCAUCGUCUGUCUCUCUGUCUUCAGGACAAGGUUUGCUUCCUACCCCGCCUUCUCAUGUUGGUUAUUCUGGUAAUGCAUCUUCUCGACCUCCUUCGCUGCCUUUUGGUCCUCGUCCUAUUUCUCAUACUGGUUUUGGUCGAGGCAAGUUCAAUGGUGGACGGAAUUUUAGUUCUCCUACUCAUCCAAAUUUCAGAGGCAUUACUCCUGUUUAUCAAGGCCAUAACACAUUUUCUGGUUCCAAGUUUGUUCCUGAAUGUCAGAUUUGUAAUAAAAGGGGUCAUACGGCUGUUAAUUGUUUCUUUAGGCAUGCCAAUUCUCAAUCUUCAGUUUCUACAGUGCCUGAGUGUCAAAUCUGUGGCAAGCGUGGGCAUGUUGCUUUGGAUUGUUAUCACAGGUCGAAUUACUCAUUUCAAGGUCAAGCUCCUCCUUCUUCCUUAACUGCUAUGACAGCACAGACUUCUUAUUCUCCUGAACAAGUCUGGAUUGCUGAUAGUGGAGCCACACAUCAUAUGGUGGGUGAUGUGUCUCAGUUGCAAAAUGUGACUCCAUGUGUUACUGAGGAAAAUGUCACAGUUGGAAAUGGGGAAGGUCUGAAUAUACUUCAUAUCGGCACUUCUAAUAUUCCUGGUGCUACAUCUAGGCUUACAAUGCCCUCUGUUUUUCAUGUUCCUCAACUCAAAGCAAAUCUUUUGUCCGUGCACCAACUUUGUAAGGAUAACAACUGUUAUAUUGUGUUUGAUGUCUCUGGUUUCUUGAUACAGGACAAAGUCACUCAUCAGGCAAACAGAAAAUCAGCCACUCAAACGGAAGGGCGGCUGGAUUCACAGCGCGCCUCUUCAAACGAAAAUCGACGGCCCCUCAUGCCUGUAGAACAGUGA